AUGGCCACCAAAGACCGCAUCACCUGCCACGUGCUCGACACGACCGAAGGCAAGCCGGCGCGCGGGAUGCGCGUGCGGCUGGAGCUGACGCCGACGCCAGCACUACCGUCCUCCUCCUCGACACCCGCGGCAGCGACCAGCACGGCAGCAAUAACACACCACCACGCGGCGCCGGCCCCGCGUGAGUUCGAGAGCCAGACGGACGAGGACGGGCGCAUCAAGGCGUGGCUGCCGUACUCGUCGGCGACGAGCUCGGGCGAGGUGCCCGUGUACACGCUGGAGGACGUGCUCGGGGCGCUCGACGCCGACAUGCCGAGCCGCUGGACCCUGCGCUUCGACACGGCCGGCUACUUUGGCGAGGACAAGACUUUUUUCCCCGAGGUCACCGUCGUCUUCCGCGUCGAGCCCGGCGCCACCUACCACGUGCCCCUGCUGCUAUCGCCCUACAGUUACACGACGUACCGUGGGAGCUGA